AUGCUCGUAGUUGAUGACAAUACAGGCUCAACAACUAUUUGGUUCAUUCCAGCAGUAGCAAAUCCUAACCACUGCAUUGAAGAAUGGAUUGACGACCGAGUUUACUUGACCCAAAAACUGAUAGAUACUGGUGACAUAGAAUUUGAUCAGUGCAUGACUUAUUGGAGUACUAAAAUUGGCCAUGACGCCUCGUUGGCUUGUGGGCGGCUGGUGCUUGGAUACCAACGGUUAUGGCCGAAAAAGGUACGAAUCUACAAGAAAGCGCACAGCUGGAUUCGAGACUCUGCACUGACGAGCAACUUUUGGUGUGAAAGCGAUUUUCUACUCCGUGACUGGCAAGAGAAAAGCAUAGAAAGAGACUUGUGGAUGAGUCCCAACGACAGCGAAGAUCCGGCUACUUGCGAAUUAAAAGGAACGGCUUGGAAAUGGUUGCCCAAUAAGCAGAUAAACCACACCAUCAUA